AUGGAAGAUCCAACCAAAGCUGAUAUUGACACUAUUUUUAAACGAUUAAGAACACUUCCAGCAAAUAAGGUGUGUUUUGAUUGUGAUGCUAAAAAUCCAACAUGGGCAUCAGUAACUUAUGGUGUAUUCUUAUGUAUUGAUUGUUCAGCAAGGCAUCGUGGUCUUGGUGUUCAUUUAUCAUUUAUACGUUCUACUAAUCUUGAUACGAGUUGGGGAUGGCUUCAACUUCGAGCCAUGCAAGUUGGUGGCAAUGCCAAUGCUGAUGCAUUUUUUCAACAACAUGGUUGUAAUACAAAAGAUACUCAACAAAAAUAUAAUAGUCGUGCUGCACAACUUUAUCGUGAAAAACUUCAUCAGUUGGCGACAAAAGCAAUGCAACAAUAUGGAACGAAGCUUUUUCUUGAAGAAGGCCAUAAAGGUGAACGUAGUCAUUCAACAAGUGAGAAAAAAGAAGGUGAUUUUUUUCAUGAACAUUCUCAAGCGCCAACUAAAACGGUUUGGGAAGAUAAUAUCACAUCUUUAUCAAUGUUAGGCAAUCAAACUUUUGAUAAAACCGAACAACAAACAGAAGGACCAUCGAUUGAUCAAAACGCAUUGAAUAAUGAUGGUUCAACAAAAGUACAUGAUCCAAAAAAAUCAACUAUUGGUCAACGUCGAGCUCCACAACCUAAAAAGAAGGGAUUUGGUGCACAAAAAGUAUCAACUGACUUUAAAGAAAUUGAACGUAAUGUACACGAACAAGAAAAAUUGCGAGAACAACAAACUCAUCUUGAAAUUAAAAACCGGGAAGAAACAGAAAAACAACUUGAAAAACAAAUGGCAGGUCUUAAAUUUGCUUAUCAAGAUUUAAGUAAACAACGUGAAUUAGAAGAAGCAAAAUUAAAACAAUCUAAUCCACAAAAAGCCGAACAAAUGGAACGUCUUGGUAUGGGUUUUGGUAAUCGAAGUGGUGUCAGUCAUAGUGCUAUGACAGAUAUGCAAACAAUUCAACAAGAAGGUGUGACAACAACACGAAAUGUUUCACUGGCAACAAAAAAUCGAGAUUUUUUUGAUGAUUAUAACACAUCUGGCUUUAGUAGUCGAUCAAAAUUGGAUGAUGAUCUAUUCAAACCGAAAACUGCAUCAAAAAAUACGGAUACAUUUAGUUCUGAAUGGGAAGUUAUUGAUCGUAAAACUCCAACGAAAGACUUCGGCUCAAAUGAAACCAGCAGUUCGUUUUCUUCAAAUUAUGGUAGUUCUACUGCUAAUAGUGGUGGUUAUAGUUCAUCAUCAAAAACAUCAACAUCUUAUGCUAGCGGAACGAAUGAUAGUGAUGCUCAAAAACGUUUUUCCAACGCUAAAGCAAUAUCAAGUGAUCAAUUUUUUAAUAAAGAUUCCGAUAAUGAUCGUAAUAAUGUAACAUCACGUUUUCAAGGUAAUACAAGUAUUUCAAGUGAAGACUAUUUUUCUGAUCCAAAUAAAAAAUCUCAAGAUCGUUCAACUUAUCAUGGUCCUGAUUUAGCAACAAUGAAAGCAGAUUUUAAAGAAGGUGUUUCCAAGGCAGCUGGUCGAUUAUCAUCAUUAGCUAAUAGUGUUAUGUCUAGCAUACAGAAAAAAUAA